AUGUGGAGGGCCGGGUAUGGAGAGCCCGGAGCCCGGGGAAGUGAUGUGGGGGGCGGGCAUGGAGAGCCUGGAGCCCGGGGAGGAGAUGUGGAGGCCCGGGGUGGAGAGACUGGAGCCCCGGGAAGAGAGCCCGGAGGCCGGGCAUGGAGAGCCCGGAGCCCGGGGUGGAGCUCCGGAGGGCCGGGGGUGGAGAGCCCCGAGCCCGGGGAAGAGAGCCCGGAGGCCGGGCAUGGAGAGCAGGGAGGCCGGGGUGGAGCUCCGGAGGGCCGGGGAUGGAGAGCCCGGAGCCCGGGGAAGAGAGGUGGAGGGCGGGCGUGGAGAGCCCGGAGCCCCGGCAUGGAGCUCCGGAGGGCCGGGGAUGGAGAGCCCGGAGCCCGGGGAAGAGAUGUGGAGGCCCGGGGUGGAGAGCCCGGAGGCCGGGCAUGGAGCUCCGGAGGCCCGGGGAUGGAGAGCCUGGAGCCCGGUGAAGAGAGCCCGGAGCCCGGGGAAGUGAUGUGGAGGGCGGGCAUGGAGAGCCUGGAGCCCCGGGAAGAGAGCGCGGAGGCCGGGCAUGGAGAGCACGGAGUCCGGGGUGGAGCUCCGGAGGGCCGGGGAUGGAGAGCCCGGAGCGCGGGGAAGAGAGGUGGAGGGCGGGCAUGGAGAGCCUGGAGCCCCGGGAAGAGAGCGCGGAGGCCGGGCAUGGAGAGCACGGAGACCGCGGUGGAGAUCCGGAGGGCCGGGGAUGGAGAGCCCGGAGCCCGGGGAAGAGGUGUGGAGGCCGAGCAAUGGAGAGCCUGGAGGCCCGGGGAGGAGAUGUGGAGGCCCGGGGUGGAGAGCCCCGAGCCCCGAGCCCCGGGAAGAGAGCCCGGAGGCCGGGCAUGGAGAGCAGGGAGGCCGGGGUGGAGCUCCGGAGGGCCGGGGUUGGAGAGCCCCGAGCCCCGGGAAGAGAGCCCGGAGGCCGGGCAUGGAGAGGACGGAGGCCGGGGUGGAGCUCCGGAGGGCCGGGGAUGGAGAGCCCGGAGCCCGGGGAAGAGAGGUGGAGGGCGGGCGUGGAGAGCCCGGAGCCCCGGCGUGGAGCUCCGGAGGGCCGGGCAUGGAGAGCCUGGAGCCUGGGGAGGAGAUUUGGAGGCCGGGCAUAGAUAG